CUUUUCAUUCAUAGAAAGCAUGGUAGUAGUUGAAUGUCAUAAUGUACUAUAAUGAUGUAGUCAACAAAAUUCGAUUAUCUUUACAAGCUAUAUUUGAAGCAAAAUCUACACAAAGACUUUUUUGGUGAAAUAAUAUCAUAAAUGAACGUUAUGUUCAAGUGUAUUCAUAGAUACAUUGUAGUGAAGUGCCCAUGUAGGCCUAGAUCCGAGUUGGGUAUUCAGAAGUGGAGCAGACAGUUUUCUGUCAGCAAUGCGGGUAAAAAUGCCAGAACAAGUGGGCGAAGUAAUUUUAGAUUAUCAAGAAAUAGAGGAAUAGAUGACAACCAGUCUCCAAGAUUAUCACCACAUCAAGUAACUACUAUACUAAGAGUCAAUGAAACUUCUGAGGUUGUUGAAUCGGGACCAAUCCGUGCAUUUGAAACCAACCAACUGCCUUCAAACCACCCAAUUGAGGAUAGGAGAUGUGAAGCCAAACUCCCUAUUGAUGGAGAUAAAUAUUUAUUUGCUGUUCAUGAUGGACAUGCUGGAUGUGCAUGUGCUCAAUCACUGAAUGAAAGAUUGUUCAAUUAUUUAGCUGUGGCAUUAUCACCACCAGAGAUAGUUGAAAAGGUAAAAAAUGGGGAAAUAGAUCUGACUACCGAGCUUUUACAUUGGUACAAUGGAGGUAUAAAGUAUAAACAUGAACAACUCAAAGAACUCUAUGAUAAAAGCUUGAAAAAAUUUGCUAGAGAAACAUUAACUGUUUUUAGUGAUGACACUUUUAGACGUGAAGCUCUGGCCAAUGCUUUUAUGAGAUUAGAUGAGGACAUCUCUACUGAAGCUUUACCAAAUGCAUCAAAUCCAGUUUUAAGUUCUGAAACACUUACAGUUGCUUUUGCUGGCUCAGUUUCGUGUGUUGCCUAUGUUGAUGGUAUUGAUUUGUUUAUUGCUAAUACAGGUGAUUGUCGUGCUGUCUUGGGCGUGCAUAAAAUGGAUGACCAUUGGGAAGCCAUUCCGUUAUCAACUCCACAUGAUGGUAACAACGAAGAAGAAGUAAAUAGAAUUCUUAAUAGGCAUCCAAAUGAAUCAAACAAUAUUUUUAAAAAUGGAAGACUGUUUGGUGAUCUUGCACCAUUAAGAGCAUUUGGAGACGUCAGAUAUAAGUGGGACGCUAAAGAUUUGAAACAUAUAGUGAAUACCAGCAAGUAUCCACAUUCCUUCAUCAGUAUUUAUGGUGAUAGAUUAGUCCCAAAUAAUUAUAAUACUCCUCCAUAUUUAACAGCUGAACCUGAAAUUACUCAUCACAAGCUAACACCCAAGGACAAAUUCCUGGUUUUAGCAUCAGAUGGAUUGUGGGAUAUGGUUUCUCCCGAGAAAGUUGUCCAGUUAGUAGCAGGUCAUAUGGAUGGCCGUCAAGUAUUAGUUCAUUUUACAUUGCCUCGAGAAAAUAUGACAUUAGGAGAAAUAAAUAAGAUUCUGACACAACGUAAAAAAGGACUUGCUAAUAAAAAUGUGGACGAGAAUGUGGCAACUCAUUUGAUUAGAAAUGCCAUCGGCCAAGACCAUGGUCAGUUAUCAGCACAAUUAACCUUGCCAAAUAGUAUCUCAAGAUUUUAUCGUGAUGACAUUACAGUCACUGUUAUUUAUUUUAAUUCUGAAUAUAUCAUGGACUAUUCUACCAGCAAUCAUUGAUUUGUUAUUUUCAGUUAAGCUUAAGAAAAACUAUAAAUGCUGUGCACAAAGAAAUUGUUAUAAUAACUACUUGUCUCCUGUAGGUGUUGUAAAUUGAUGUUAUAAAUUAAAGUGCUAUAUUGUUGUUUGCAUUUGAAGGUUUAGAUAAUAUGUAAAUAUUGUUUUAAUUGGCUGUUAUUCAUUUUAAUAGUUUUAUUAUUAUUAAAUAGUAAUAUUGUUGUUAUU